GAGAGAGAGAGAGAGAGAGAGAGAGAGUGAGAGCGGGAGGGAGGGAGGAAGUCCUACACUCCAGGACUUCUCAUGAAGCGCUUCAGACGUGACUUAUGAGAAGCAGGCAGAGGACCCUCGCGGCCAGUGAGGGACCGAGGCAGAGGACGAGCAGGAGAGGAGGGAGGGGGCAGCAGCGCUGGAUUCUCCUGCUGCUUUUAUAUGCGAGUGAGGUGAAGGACAGGGGCCCUCCUCCAUGUGGGUCAGCCGGUGUCAGAAGAUGAAGAGCCAGAUCACCAACGCCCUCUCCGACUUCUUCUUCGAGUACGAGACCCCCCGGCAGGUGCUGGUGAGGAACCGGAGGGUGGGAGUGGUGUGCCGGCUGAUCCAGCUGGGAGUGCUGGCGUACAUCAUUGGGUGGGUGUUCAUCUAUGAGAAGGGCUACCAGUCCACUGACACGGCGGUCAGCUCCGUCUUCACCAAAAUGAAAGGCGUCGGCUACACCAACGUGAGCGGCAACGAAAGAGUCUGGGAUGUGGCCGACUACGUCUUCCCUCCGCAGGGAGACUCAUCUUUUGUAGUGAUGACAAACUACAUCAUAACUGAAGGUCAGAAGAUGGGAACGUGUCCAGAGCUUAAGGGCAAACACAGCUGCAAGUCGGACUCGGACUGUGAAGGAGGGACCCUCAAACGUACGGGACACGGACAAAUGACCGGAGUGUGCGUGAACAGCACGAAGACGUGCGAGGUGCUGGCCUGGUGUCCUGUUGAGGACGAUCACGUCAUACCUGACCCCCCUCUCCUGAUGUCUGCAGAGAACUACACGCUCUUCAUCAAAAACUCUGUAACUUUCCCCUUAUUUGGCGUCACAAGGAGUAACCUGGUGGAGGGUAUCGACGCUGGCUACAUCAGCCAAUGUCUUCACGACCCGGAGAAAGCUCCGCUUUGUCCAAUAUUCAGACUGGGAGACAUCGUCAAGCUGUCGGGCUUCAGCUUCGAAACGAUAGCCAAAGUGGGAGGAGCCAUUGGGAUUGUUGUGGACUGGACAUGCAACCUGGACGUGGAUAUAAAGAACUGUAAACCAAAGUACAACUUCCACGGUCUGUAUGGGAACCCUGCUGAGACGGACAAAGCCAGAGCGUCUGUGGGCUACAACUUCAGGUAUGCAAAGCAUUACAUGGAGGACAAGACUGAGAAAAGGACCCUUCUUAAAGUGUUCGGCAUCAGGUUUGAUAUCAUUGUACAGUCACUGGCACGAAAGUUUGAUAUCAUCCCUACGCUGACAGCGAUCGGCUCUGGAGUUGGGAUUUUUGGAGUCGCAACUGUAGUGUGUGACUUGGUGCUGCUCUAUUUGCUACCAAAAAGAGAAUUUUACAAGAACAUGAAAUUCAAAUACACCGACACGCAGACACAGCAGGACACCGAGUCGUUCGGUUUAGACUCAAGCGUCUAUUACACCAUUGAAGCAAAUGCAAGACAAGCCCAAGGCAGUGGCCAGUCCAACGAUCCGGAUUCAGAGGCAGGCAGCAUAGAAACUGAGGUAUCUAAAAAGUGAACUGGGAGCAAAACAAGCCAACAGCCACGCGACUUUUAAAGGUCUUGUGGAUCCACAGCACACGUCCGCGCACGGACUCCUAAAAUGGGAAAAGGACACAGUCGACGGCACCGUUCCACGUGUUCUGUAUCUCCUCAGCUGCAUCCUCCCACCUCUCCGAGCCAUCCCGAGUGACCGACUCUUUGCUGUAGUGUGUAGAGCCACAGGUGGCCCGGCUCAGCUCUGUGUGUACUUUACUGGGUGUAGCUUGGUUUACUUUAGUUCAUACUUUCGGGUGUAACCUCCACGUCUUCCGACUGCCUCCGCCGGGGCGCAGGUGAAAGAAAAAAAAAAAAAAACUUUGCGGCACCGGUGUGUACACAAGUCGUCCACCACCUUCGUCUUUGUCAAA